CCCCACCUCGCUGAAUUAGAUCUGGCAGGGUUAAGAGUUUGCAUUUGGUUGCAACUCGUAAGCCCUGGUUAGAGCGCUUGGAGGGAGAGAGAGAGAGAGACAUAUACACAUCAGACAAGACUAAGAACAUGCUCCGCCUGCUCCUCCUGUGGGGGUCUCUCCUCUUUGGAGUGGUCAGUUCCAGCCCAACCCCAAGGAAGCUUUUUGGGGAGAUCACGUCCCCCAAUUACCCCAAGCCAUACCCCAACAACAACAUCAGCACCUGGGACAUUACAGUCCCAAAGGGUUUUGUGGUGAAGUUGAACUUCUGGCAGUUCGACCUGGAGCCAUCGGAGUCCUGCCUCUAUGACUACGUCAAGAUCACAGCAGAUAAGAAAGACCUGGGCCGGUACUGUGGCCAGCUAGGCUCAGCCACAGGCAACCACCCGGGAGUCAGGGAGUUUGUGUCCAAAGGGAACCGGAUGAGGAUGAUGUUCCACUCUGACUUCUCCAACGAGGAGAACGGCACCCUUAUCCCCUACAAGGGCUUCCUGGCCUAUUACCAAGCUGUGGAUCUGGACGAGUGUGCCCAUGGCAAUGCCCUUGAGGAAGAAGAGGGGCCUCUGUGCCAGCAUCUCUGCCACAACUAUGUGGGUGGCUACAUCUGCUCCUGCCGCCCCGGUUACCGGCUGCAGAGCGAUCACCGCUCCUGCCGAGUGGAGUGCAGCAGUGAGCUGUUCACAGAGACCUCUGGGUACCUGUCGAGCCCGGAGUACCCCCUUCCCUACCCGGCAGAGCUGCGGUGCAACUAUAGCAUCCGCCUGGACAGGGGGCUGGCCAUCACCCUCAAGUUUCUGGAGCCCUUUGAUAUCGAUGAUCACCAGCAGGUCCACUGUCCCUAUGACCAGCUCAAGAUCCAGGCACAUGGGAGAGAGAUUGGUGAGUUCUGUGGCAAGGUGUCGCCUGGCAGCAUCGAAACCAACAGCAACGCGGUGGAUGUGCUGUUCUUCACAGAUGAGUCAGGGUUCAGUCACGGAUGGAGGAUCCACUACAGCUCAGAGAGAAUCCGGUGCCCACAGCCUGUGCCAAGGGACCAGUUCACCCUCAUCAAAGACCUGCAGCCCCUGUACCAAUUUCGUGACUACUUCAUCGUCAGCUGCCAGACUGGGUAUGAACUGAUGGAGGGUGACCAGAAGUUGGCAUCCUUCACCGCUGUCUGCCAGGAUGAUGGGACUUGGCACCGACCCAUGCCCCGGUGUGAAAUUGUGAACUGUGGUGACCCCAAAAAUCUCACCAACGGGGCCUUCAGUUAUGUUAGCGAACACGGAAACAACAACUACCAGUCAGUGAUCACCUACCGGUGCAAGGAGCCUUAUUACCGCAUAGUCACCAACAGAGGGAGCGAUACAUACAACUGCUCUGCUCAGGGCUCCUGGGCAGACCAAGAUGGCCAUGAGGACAUCCCAGUGUGUUUACCAGUGUGUGGGAAGCCAGACAAACCCAUCACUGGAAUCCAGCGGAUCAUCGGUGGCAGCACAGCACCGCCGGGAAGCUUCCCAUGGCAGGCAAAGACACACAUCGUUGGGCUCGGGGGUGGGGCGCUGCUGGGUGACCGCUGGAUCCUGACAGCUGCUCACACCAUCUACCCCAAGAAACACGCCUCAGUGACAGAGAGCCUUGCUGAGGUGGCUAAGAAGAUCGAAGUGUUCCUUGGCCACACGGAGGUGAAUAAGAUCCAUGAGCUGGGUAACCACCCCGUCCGCAACGUGUUCGUACAUCGCGACUACAACCCUGAUGAUGAGAACAACUUCAAUGGGGACAUUGCACUGAUCGAACUGCGGGACCCAGUGCCACUGGGCCCUGACCUGCUGCCUGUCUGCCUCCCAGAUGCUAGUAACAGCACUUUCUAUGCCAAAGGAUACAUGGGCUACGUGAGCGGCUUUGGGGUGGAGAAAAAAGUUCUCGCAGACCGACUGAAAUAUGUAUCACUGCCAAUGGGUGACCAGACAGCCUGCAAGAAAUGGCUGCAGGGAAAGGAGGUCAGUGGGAAGGCCAUGGUGUUCAAUGAGAACAUGUUCUGUGCUGGCUCGCCCAGUGGGGGGAAAGAUACCUGCCAGGGGGACAGUGGGAGUGUCUUCACUGUGGAGGAUUCAGAGAGUGAGCGCUGGAUAGCCACCGGGAUUGUCUCCUGGGGCAUCGGCUGUCACAAGAGCUAUGGCUUCUACACCAAGGUCAUCAACUACCUGGACUGGAUCAAAGAGAUAACAGGGAUGUAGAGGCUCUGAAUGCCACUAUCCUAUUGGCUGAAGGCUCAGUGAUGUCAUAUAGGUAUCCAAACACCCACACAUCAUUGGCUGAAGCAUCGUGAUGUCAUAAAGCAUUGUGAUGUCAAAACUGCCAUAGCAAUGGUUGAAUUCUUGGUGAUAUCAUCAAAGCUUCCCAAAGCCUCUGUGCCAUUGACUGAAGCUUUGUUGAUGUUCUAAGGUUUCCAAAUGCGUCUUCACUAUUGGGUGAAGCCUUGACAAAGUCAGGCAGUCUUGUGAAAUCCAAUAUGCUAUUGGCUGAAGUCUUGGUGAUAUCCUAAAGAUUUCUGAAAUCUGUCGCACUAUUGUUUGAGAUGCUUGCAAUGUGGUAGAGCUUCCUGGAGGGUGCUGAGUGCAGAUUGUACUCAUGCCUUGGCACCAAUGAGGUUCUGUCAAUAUUAAAAUCACUGCUAUAGGAA